AUGGCCACCGCUUUUGGCUAUUCCAAGUUUAAAGAUGAAUUUGCUAAUACGGGCAAGGCUAAUCAGAUAAUUACUUCUUAUAAAAACCUUUCCCAACAAGAAAAAGAAGCCAAAGAAAAAGAGUUGGGUCUGGUAAAAGGGGAAAAAGGAAACAAGCAAGUAGGGCAAGAAGUGACUCAAAUGGGCUUAAUAUUUGAUAUUUUUAAAGAUGUGGCUCAGAGUGCUCGUAAUAUUAAAGAUUUGAUGGUGGAAACUCAGAGUUUUGGCACACAGAUUCAGAAUUUACAGAGGCAAUUAGAUGAGGAUGUUAAUAAGUUGGAGAAUGGUUUGAAUAAUUUGAGAAAUAAUUUGGAGGCGGAUGUAAGGGCUUUGGAACAGAAGAUUGGGUUGUUGCAGAAUUCGAGUCAGUAUCAGAAUUUAUCUUCUAGGUUAAGUACUUUGGAGGGGAGAUUGAGUAGUUAUGGGGGUUCUAGUUCUGGUAGUAGUGGAGGGGUUUCAGCUACUAAUAAUAAUGAUAGUAGUCAGCAGUCUUAUACUUUUAAUAAAGUGCAAACGGCUUUGAGUAAUUUGGUUAGUCAUUUUAAUGGGGUGCCUUUACAAAAUUUGCUAAAAUUAGAAGAGUUAGACAUUAGUAAUACUGACAUUAGUAGUGGUUUAAAGUAUUUGCCUGAUAGCAUUAGAGACUUUCGUUGCUCUGUUGACAAAAGACCUAAAAGUAAGGCUAAUUCUAAGGAAGUUAAUAAAAUUAGAAUUGUUCGCCAAGCUUGGCAAAUCGGACAAUUAGAAAAGCAAUUUCAAAAAAAAAACAACGAUUACCAAUUAAUAGUGGUUGAAAAUCAAAACCAGCAAGCGAGAAUAAUUGAAUUAGAAGCAGAGAAUAAUGAGUUAAGAGAAAAAUUAGAAAACCUACAAGUGGAGGACAAAAAA